AUGGCACUCAAAUUUGACGCCGAGUUUGAGAGGUUGGCUGGCCCUAUCCUCGCUAUGAUGGCCCAAGCGCCUCAACCUGCUGUCCAUGACUGGCAAGCUCGAAGAGCAGCGACAGAGGUAGGAUUCGGAGCAUUGAUGGCAGGGUUUCCGGAUGCGCCAGAUGUCGUUAAAACCGAGUACAAGCUCAAAUCUCACGAUGGCGUCGAGAUCUCUGUUUGGAAGAAGGCAAAGCAGGGAGUCGACGCGAGUAAACCAACGCCAGCUAUCCUCCACGCCCACGGAGGUGGUAUGAUCGCCGGCACAACUUCCACCUUCACUAAAUCCCUAGAUCUUCUGGUCUCAACGACCGGUAUCCCCACGUUUGAUGUUGAAUAUCGAUUGGCACCUGAACAGCAGCAUACUGGCCUUGUCGAAGAUUGCUAUGCUGCUUUGUUAUGGUUGCAUGAACAUGCUGCCGAGCACAAUGUUGAUACGUCAAGGCUCUGCGUCAUGGGCGAAUCCGCCGGAGGAGGCAUCGCGGCCGGACUUGCUCUUAUGGCUAGGGACAGGAACCUGAGUCCUCCUCUUGCCAAGCAAAUCUUGGUUUACCCAAUGCUUGACUAUAAAAACACGAGACCAGUCCCAGCCUUGUCGAAAUGGCUUGUCUGGAAUGAAGAAGCCAACUUGACGGGCUGGGGAGCACUAUUGGGUGAUAGGUUGGAAUCGGGCGACGUAUCUCACUAUGCUUCACCAACUUACGCAAAGGACCUGGCUGGUCUGCCAUCGACUUACAUUGACUGCGGAACGCUGGACCUCUUCCGAGACGAAGACACGGAUUAUGCGAAACGGUUGAUCGAAGCUGGUGUCGAUGUUGAACUGCACCUCUGGCCAGGUGUACCGCAUGCUUUCGAAGUCCUAGCACCGACUAGCUCUCUCACGCAACAAGCUUCUGCUGCAAGAUUGCGAGCCAUCACGACCUUUUAG